AUGGAAAUGAAAGCAAUUAACAGGACAUGGUUUGAGGUCAAGGCGAAGUACGUCAAUGGCGACCAGAAGAUUACAGAGGUGUUGUGUAUUGACACAGAGACAUUCGGUGAUGCAGAGAACAAGGCACUGGAGCAUAUCGCAUCGUAUGUUGAUGGAACAGAAACAUACAUCGUGUCUGUCUCACGUGCGUCAUACUCAGAGUUUGUGCGUGAUGAAGAGAAGAACGGCAAUAACUUCUAUAAGGUGACAAUCACUAUCGUCACCAUUGACGAGAAGACAGAGAAGGAGAAGCAAAGCAAGACAGCGUUCCUCGUUGAAGCAGACGACUUUGACGAUGCGAGGAAGAUAACGGCAGAGUAUAUGAAGUCAUCAAUGCUUGACUGUGAAGAGGCUUUUAUACCUCAGAAGGCUACAAAAGGUGCCGUGGCGUACGAUUUGAAGGUGCCACGCCUCACACUCGUAAAGACAGGACGUAAUAUCAUACCGUUAGACAUCGCCAUUGAACUGCCUGAUGGCUAUGAGUUCAAGAUAGAGCCACGUAGCGGAUUCAGUUCAAAGGGCUUUGAAGGCCACAGGCUUGAUGGUUAUGGAGAGCCUUAUCCUGCUACACGCUUUGAUGCAGACGUUCUUGUAGGAAAGGUUGACAGCGACUACAGAGGCAAUGUUGGUGUCAUCGUAAAGAACAACGAUAUACCGUUCUAUGUAGUGGCCGGAGAGCGCAUAGCACAGGGAACUAUAUACAAAUCAGAAGAUUCACUUCUCGUAGAGGUUUCAGAGUUGUCAGAGACAGAGCGCGGAUAA